AUGGAGGUAGUGGAGAAGGUCCUGAGUGUGGCCCACAUCAUCUAUGCCCAGUGCGAACACGUGAAGUGCUGUAAGCACCAGUGCCGCCGUCUCGUGUCCCGCGUUCACAUCCUGCUGAGGCCUGUGGAGGUCCUCAGGGCACAGCCUCCAAAACAAAUCUCCUCCCAGGUAGAAGAGACGCUGCAGCAGCUGCUGGAGACCUUGGAGAAGGCCCAGGAGCUGGUGAAGAAGUACAGCCAGACGAACUGGCUGCAGAAGUUCCUGAAAGCCAGCGAUGUCAUGGAAGGGUUUGCACGGGUGAACGAGCGCCUUGGGGAUGCUGCUCAAGGGCUCUCACUCCUGCUGCAGGCUGAGCAUAAACAGUCCUUCCUCGAGACCUUUCAGCGAGACACCUGCAGCAGGGAGGACAGCCAGGACACCAAGGAUGACAAAGCCCUCUGGGAGGAGCUGCUCACAAGAAGUACAGCAACCAAAGAUGCAGUGGAUAACGUCCACAAUGAUGUCAGACAUGUGGGAACAAAGGUGGAGGAUGUGGGAAGCAGGGUGGAAGAAGUUCGCCAAAUGAUGCAAAAGUUGCAGGAUGCAGUCAUGAAAAAGGACAAUGCUGUUCCAAGAGAGGAAAUCACUGAGAUUAGGAUGGAGGAUCUCACUAAGACCUCAUGGACCUUCCUGAUGGACUCCAAAAGCCACACGCUCUACAAAGGAGAAUUCUACAAGUACCCUGUUGCCAUCAAAGUCUUCAAAAACCCUGUGAUCACCUGCACUGAGAAGGUGAGGGAGAUUUUCAGGAAGGAGAUUGAAACCAUGAAGAAGUUUGAGUCUCCGAACAUCCUUCGUAUGUACGGGAUCUGCAUCGACGAGAGAGCUGAAGAGAGAAGGAAAAGCCCCAUGUUUGACAAUCUCUUAGAAGGUUCGAGCCCUUGUUUCUCCAUUGUCAUGGAAUACUGUGAAAAGGGGACCCUGCGGGACGUGCUGACAAGGAAACCCCAGCUCCCCUGGGAGACUCGCAUUCGGAUGGCACUAGAUGCGGCCAGAGGCCUAUACAGGUUGCACCAGACGGGGGAGAAGUCUAAAUUGCAUGGAUGCAUCAAUAGUACCAAGUUCCUAGUUGCUAAAGGUUACUGUGUGAAGCUGUCAGGAUUUGAACUGAGUAAAACUGAGUCAUCCAUUAAGAGGAGCUGCAAGAAGAAAUUGACAGAUGUCCCUGCUUCGGCUUACAUCUCUCCCCUGGGCCUAGCUUCCCUGAGCCACAAGUAUGACAUGCCCAGUGAAAUAUACAGCUUCGGGAUUGUCCUGUGGGAGAUUGCGACCAGCAAAAUUCCAUUUGAAGGCUGCAGCUCCCAAGAGAUCUAUCAGAAAGUUUAUGAGCAACGUUACCAGGCUCCUGUUGGGGAAGAUUGCCCCUCCCACCUGCGGGAUGUCAUCAACCAGUGCCGGGCCUUUGAGCCUUCGCAACGUCCUUCUGCAGAAGAGAUUGUGGACUCUCUGAUAGCCAUCUAUGGCAAGAUAAAUACAGCAAGCUAG